AACUAGUCUUCGCAAUGUUAAGAUUAUUCCGGCGGCUGGCGGGCGCGCGCAGGGAGUGCCGCGUGUGCAGCCUGCCCGAGGAGCGAGGCGGGGAGCUGAUGCUGGCGCCCUGCGACUGCCGGGGCACAAUGCGCUGGGUGCACUGCUCGUGCCUCAUGCAGUGGCUGCAGAGCCGCUGCCGGCCCGCCUGCGAGGUCUGCGGCGCCCGGUACAGGUUCCGAGUGGAGCGCCCCCGCCGCCCUGGGUUCUGGCGCCUGCAGCUGCUGUGCGUGCUGGCGGCCGCCGCCGUGACGCUGCCGCUGCUGCCGCUCGCACCCCGUGUCCCCGGCGAGGAGGAGGUCCCCGCCUCCCCGGUCCCGGCGUCGCGGUCAGCAGCCUCCCCCUGGUGGCCCUCGCCGGACGCCCUGGCGUCUCUCGCGCGGGACGCCCUGCGCGCGGCGCUGCUCUGCGUCGAGCAGGGAGUCCCGUGGGGCUGCGACCACAACUCCGGCCUGUCCGUCCUGUGCUUCGCCGCCUACGUCCUGUUCGUGCUCGAGUGCUUCAUCGUCACUCUCGCGUGCUUGGGCCGCGAAUAAACACACGGAAAUGUAUUUUGAUAAGUUUGUGACAACAUGCACAUAGUUCAAAUUAUUAUUAUUUUAUUAUAUUUUUAUAUGAGGU